AUGGAAGGCUCGCGUAGGAGGAGAGGAGAUGGUUGCACAGUCGUCGAGUGUUAUACGCCUCGUAAGGCCGUGGCUCGGUGGCUUUCUGGGUUGAGAAGUUCCAAGCUGGGGAAGAGAGAGGCAAUGGAGGAACAAGAAGACGAUACGGGAGAGUACCGAUUGACGACGCCCAGAAGGUGUUCGACGAAACGCCUGAACGAGAGUAGACCGUUGGAAGGAAAGCUGGAGACUCAUAGAUUUGAAUCAGGAAGCAGAGAAGCACCUUUGGAAAUGGGGAUUGGCUCUUUCUUGCUGUAUCUUGUUGUUGCAAGUAAAACUGAGCUUGAUAAAAUGGCAAACUUGCGAAUUGAAAUGGAGAUGCUUCUUCUAAAUGCAAAAGAAGAAUUACAGAAGAAAGAAUUACAGGAGAAUCCACCUAUGUCUUUGAACGAUGCAUAUGCGAAUGAACCAAGCGGUUACCAGUUUUCUCCUCAAGUCAUCUCGAAUUUGGCAUCAUCCAUUUUCCAAGACUCAUUAACAAGUGUUCUUCAAGAGGAGAACACAGAAUGUGAGGUCUCAAAACCAGAGGAUUACCAUCGAGGAGCUGACCGCAGUUCAAAACUCCAGGUUGAGGAAGGUAGUUUACGUCUGGAUGAAAAAGCAGAGGAGAGACAUACAAAGUAUCAGAUUCAAAGGCAACGCAAACUAAAAGACAAUGAAUGUGAGGUCUCAAAACCAGAGAUGGUGACAGAUGAGAGAUAUGGAGUGUGUCCGUACGAACUAGAGAAAAAACUGCAUGAAUUACUAGAGACAAGGCAACAAGAAGAGUUACUGAAGCUUGAAACCGCUCUGAGUCGUGUUGAGCGCAGACUACAGGAGAAAGAUACCGAGGUUUCAUGGUGGAAAGAUGCAGCCCACCUUCUUGCUCAGCGUGUUCCUGAAUCUUCUCGAGCUGGACUAGAAUGGUGCGACCCGGAAUCUUCUACAACAUGUUCAGAUCAAUCUGUUCCAAGAUCUUUUAAAGCAUGUUCAAAAGACCGCGUCAGUUUUUCUAGAUGA